UAAAACUUUAUGUAAAUAAAAAAAAAGGGGUUCCCUUAAUCUAAUGUAUAGGGAGGUUUGUAGGGAUGAUAUAAUGGUGUUAAUUUUGGUUACUCAAAAUUUUUGGAGUGCAAGCAAUUAGUAACGAAAUUAUUGAUGACGAGGCUGCCGUGAAUCCCUCCAAUAUGCCUCAAUUUUCAUUCGCUACUAGUACGUAGUAGUGCAACUUACAACUUGAGAUUCAAAGCUCCUCAAGUUGUCAAAAAGAAAUUGAAGUUCUUGAAAGAUAAAAAUGCCGGAUGCCAAGUACUCAAUGUUUGGGCUUGUACGACGAUGACACGUGGACAUGGUUGGGAGAUUUUUUCAGCUUGUUUGGCCUUCUUCGGUACUUGGUGUUGGAAAUAUUGCUCUAAUGCCAUCUAUGAUUGUACGUAGUCUCACUUGUGCCAAGGUCCAUAGAUACCCAUAAUAAUAGAUUCGGUAUAUAUGACAAUCUUUUCCUUAUAUUAUAUGUUUCUUUUUAAUUUUCCUGUCUAUUAUUAAUUUCAUUUAUAAGCUCAGCUAACUUUCUUUAUUUGAUAGACAUGGAUGCAGUGGAAGGUCACAUUGGAAGCUUCUAACAAAUGCAUGAAAAUUUUUUAGCUCUUUUUUUUUAUUAUUAUUUUUUGCUUAAAAAUGCUUAGCUAAUUUUUUUAUGAAUAUUAAGUGCCAUGCAACAUAUGCAAUGCUUACAUUUUCCUCCAGCCUGUUUGUCAAUACCUAUGAAUAUCGUCAUAUAUACGUAAUUACAUAUAGAUAUAUAAUCCUUUCCUUAGGGACAAGAUCAUCUGACACAUUUUAUUUUCUUGUUCUUUACGCAUCGUGGUAGUCAUAUUUUUGGCUACAACAAAUAUUUUUUUCCCCAAAAAAAAAAAAAAAAGAAAGCUACACAACUUUAUUAUUUGGAUGUUGAUUUUUUAAUCAUUCUGUGCAAUGAAUUUUCAAUGAAAUUGUUACGUUUUUCUGAUGAAAAGAAAACUUUAUUAUUGCUAAAGAAGAAUGAAACAUUACAAAAAAUAUAACUCGAUAGUAAUUAGGAGCUUUAUUAACAACUAAAACAUGGAUGUGGUUUAUAUAUUACAUUCAAUAUGGAUAUAAUAUUGUAUUGCAAAAAUAUAUAUAAUUUUGUUAUAAUAGAAUUGUAUACAUACGGAUAUAAUUAAUUUUUAAAAUUGAAUAAAAUUAUAUAUAUAUUAUAUUGUUUAUCUAUGAAUGUAUAUAUUGUAAUUGAAAGGUUUUAGAAUUUUUAUAUGCGCACCAGCCAACAUCACACAUACUCAUUUAUUGGGUUUAGUGUUCAAUGAUAGGGGAAAACAAAGUUUUUACUAACAUUAUAGUAGAGAAUAGAGAUCCAUUGGUACAUACUCAUUUAUUGGGUUUAGUGUUCAAUGAUGGGGGAAAACAAAGUUUUUACUAACAUUAUAGUAGAGAAUAGAGAUCCAUUGGUACAAUCUUUUCAUUUAUAUCUUGGUCACCCAUAAGACCAAAGAACAUGUAUUAUGUUUUAUGUCUCCAAGUCUAAAGCAAUCAUCGGAACCUAUCAUUUAAACUAUUAUAUAUAUGUGUAUAUAUAUAUAUAUAAUGUAUUAUUAAUUAUUAUAUAUGUGUAUAAUCAAAUUUAUUUCAAAAUCUGUUCCUAUUGGUGAAAAUAGGGACUUUAUAGAUAUCUGCCUAGAGAUUCUUCCUUACUCCCUUCUUGACUAUGGUUCAAUAUAAACCUUGUGUUCUUGAGCUUUAGUUAUAUACAGAGGCUUUGGCUAUAAAAGGGGGUGCUUAGUGAUUGCUUCGUGGUGGCUUACCGCACAGAGAGAAAGAGCAAAAGAAAUAGACAAACAGGGUAGGAAGGAAAUUAUGCUCAAGAUAUACUGUUGCAUCUUUGUUCUGUUUGCAGGUUGACCUUGAUGCACGAGUGAGCUUGAUCUUGAAUUGGUUGUUCUUCUUCCAUUUUACCAAUCAUACAUCAGCUGAAGGAAUAGCAUACAUAGCUGAAGGAAGUGAGCUAAUGCAUGCUUAUGGACAGAAACGCAUAAACAGUUUUAACUUUUGAGCUUCUUCCGAGAUAUUAUGUAAGAGUUGUGAGAAUAUCAUGUUCAUACGACGAAUCGGAGACACCUCGAAAUGUCUCUCUUUUUCUGACAGAGUCUGUCACUAUGAAACGCUCAAGCUCUUGUGCUUCAACGUGCUUUAUUAGCUUCGUACAUAUGCUCAUUGUGUUCGGGAGUUCAAAGUUGACAUGUACACACGGAUUUGAGUCUCUCUUACAGCUCCCACAAUCUGGGUCGACCAGAACUCGACCCAGAUUCAAAAGGGUCUUCUUUCUGGCUGAUUUUGGUGCGAAAGGAGAUGGCAUUGCUAAUGACACCAAGGCUUUUAUUGAUGCUUGGGAGAUGGCUUGUUCGUUUCCCUUGCGAACAAGACUUGUAAUUCCAGUUGGAAGUACUUACCUCGUCUAUCCUGUUAAUCUUGGCGGGCCUUGCCGCUCUAAGGUUACUUUAAAGAUUUCUGGAACCAUAAUUGCCCCCAAAGAUCCUGAUGUUUGGAUUGGUUUGAACCCUCGUAAAUGGCUGUACUUUCAUGGGGUGAACCACCUUACAGUAGAAGGGGGAGGGACAAUCAAUGGGAUGGGAAAGGAAUGGUGGGCUAGGUCUUGCAAGAGAAACUCAACAAAUCCGUGUCGACAUGCUCCAACAGCCAUAACUUUUCAUAGAUGCAAGAAUUUGAAAGUCAAAAACCUUAUGCUGGUUAACAGUCAACAAAUGCACAUGGCAUUUACCAACUGCAUUCGGGUUUUGGCAUCCCAUCUUAAAGUAAUAGCUCCUGCUACUAGCCCUAAUACUGAUGGAGUCCACAUUAGUGCAUCAAAAGGUGUUGAGAUCAAGGAGAGUAUUAUCAGAACAGGAGAUGACUGCAUUUCUAUAGUCAGCAAUUCCUCACGAAUCAAGAUAAGAAACAUUGUGUGUGGCCCAGGUCAUGGCAUAAGUAUUGGAAGCUUGGGAAAAUCAAAAUCAAGAGCAGAGGUGCAUGAUAUAAUUGUUGAUGGAGCUUUCAUUUCUAACACUGAGAAUGGAGUGAGGAUCAAAACAUGGCAGGGAGGUAGAGGUUUUGCUUCCAGGAUCACAUUCCAAAAUCUGUUAAUGAAAAAUGUAUCAAAUCCAAUUAUAAUAGAUCAAUAUUAUUGUGACUCGUUGCUGCCUUGUCCGAAUAAGACUUUGGCAGUGAAAGUGGAGAAUAUAUCCUUCAUUCACAUUAAAGGGACUUCAGCUACAGAGGAAGCAAUAAAGUUUUCUUGCAGUGAUGACUGGCCAUGUGAAGGUUUGUACUUGGAAGAUAUUCAGCUUCAUUCAUACAAUAGGGGAGUUACAAGAUCUUUUUGCUGGGAAGCUUAUGGCUUGAGUUUGGGAUUAGUAGACCCACCUGCUUGCUUUUCGUCCAGUGGAGGCUUCAUUAAAGAGAAAGGCUUGUCGGACUCAGCCAUUCAUUCCUUCUGAAAAGAAAUUGCAACGAAAGCCAAGCAGGUAAAAUGUGGACCUUAGUGUAUUUUCAUCUUGCUCUCAAAGAUCGAUUGGUGCAUGAAGCAUUUCUUUCUUCAGCAGACCAUGUACAGCCCCGCCUACACCACAAGGCCAUGGUAACAGAAGGUCAUUUAUUAUGGUAAAUUUUGCAAAUAACUUUGAAUAAUCAUUCUCUAAUGACUUUGUCGAUGCUUUCUUAUUAUAUAUGCUGCAAAAUCUGCAAUAUUAUCUGUACAAAAUACAGUCUAUGAUGUAGAGAAAAUAUUUGAAUUAAAAGAAGAAGAAGAAGCAGCAUGAUGUCUUUGAUCUGUUCUGCA